CGCCGAAGCGCCGCGGCGCGCGGGAUACCGAGGCCUCAGCGGCAGCGGGGCAAACGCAGCCCGUUGCGUCGCGCGGGCGCGCCGCAGCAUUGCUGCGCACGGGGCAGCUCGUCCGCGGAGCGCACCAGAAAGUGUCCCUCACUGGGGAGAGCCUGGAAGCAUGGCCCCGCGCCGCAAGAAGCAGCCCCACCCGCCGCGCGUCGCGCGCCACGCCCCACCGUCACCGACGAAACCGCGGCCAAGAGGCGCGGGCCGAGGCGCGCGCGGCGGCAUCGCUUGCAUGAUAUUGUUAGCCACGGUCGCGCAGCUGUCGCACCUGCCGAUGCUCAGCAACCGCACUCCAACGCAACAGAGCGGACUCUUCACUCGCAUCUGGUCGAGCGCGCAGCAGCGCGCCGGUCAUUAUGGAUUGAGCUCGGAAGUGACCGUCGCACAACGAGCCUGCGGGAAGUGCGACGCGACGACGCUACACAUCGCGAUCCGGAGCGACUUAACCCGAGACGGGGCGGAGCGUCGAGAGGGUGCCCGUCGGACGUGGCUGCGCUGGCUCAGAGGUCUCGAGGGCGUCUCCUACGAGUUUUUUGUGGUCGACGCUCAAUCGACGAAUAGAACCGGAUUACAGCAAGAUCUGGUACGGGAAUACGACCGUCAUAAAGAUGUGGGCGUCGAGGUCCUGAGUCAAGGCGACGAGCUUAGUGCAGAAUUAAAAAUAAUAAGCCGCGUUCUACAAGAAAAAAAACAACUAUCACAUGUCUUGGCGACGAACGACCGGUCGCUGCUCUGCGUCCAUCGUAUUAGAGAAGAAAUAAAAAAGCGGCCCUUAUUUCAGUUCGCUUGGACGAAAUUUCAAUGUGUGGCGCCCUCUGAUAUACUGCCGCCCUUACAGUUGGCCGAGGGGUUCCUGCUCCUCACGCGGGACGUCGCGGAGUUGCUGGCCAAGCUGAGCGAUAAUGGUCGAAGAGCGUUAGAUGUGGCCGCUUUAUUGCCACUGCUAUCUGUUACUACCCUAGAUGAUCAAACUAGAUUAGCAUCUCCCCAAACAACGUCAGAACACAUCCAGAUGCUGUACGACCAGACCAAAUCACGAGCUUUUAGACCGAAGCAGAUGCACUUCUGCCAGAGGCACGUCGCGGCGUUGGACGUUGGUUCCAGAAAAUGGUACCCCGCGACGCCGCGGCCGACGUUCAUGCCCACCCCAAGGCCUUCCCGGCGACCGUCGCCGCGGCCGACGCGGCCGCCUCGUAGCUUCUUCCAGGAACAGGUCGACGAACCGGUGUCAGAAAGGCCGCCUCUGGAGCGCCGCCGCCGCCGCCGCCGCUGGCUCCCGCGCCUCUGGACCGGCCGGCGCUUGAAAGCAGCGGGCUUCUUCGAGCUCGUAAAGACGCAGGACGACGACGAUGCGCCAAUAGCGCAGCAUGAUGAUGAUGCGCCGAGAGAACCGAAACUAGCACCAGAAAAUGAUGAUGAUGACACCCCUGAGAAGGAGGCCGAGGCGUGGCUCGACCAGGGCAAGGUGCCGGAAGGUGAUUGGUUAGAUGCUGGCGUCGAGGCGGACGUGUCUGGCGACGAGUCCGACGACGAUCAGGGCGACGACGGCGUGAAUCUGGACACGGAGGGCGACGACGAACCUAACAAGGGAGGAGACUGGGCCUACGAGGCGACGCCGCCGAGGCUGCGCGGCGCCCAGGACGACGCACCGCCACCGAGGCUGCGCGGCGCCGAUGACCCACCGAGGCUGCGCGGCGCCUCCGAUGAUCGCCUCAAGCGCCUCCAGAAGAUGCGCGAGAAGCUGCUGGGGGCCGAGACGGCGGCGAAGCUCGAACAAAUGACGACGCCCGCUCCACGGAUGGCCGGUGGUCGAGCGUCCGACGACGACGCCCCGCUCAUCAAAAAGAAGAAGAAGAAGACGGCCUGGGGCUCGUCCUUGUUCACGUGGAAGGCAAUAACGCCGGCGCCUCAUGCAGCGGAACCGACGAUACCGGCCUCAGUACAAAUCUCCAAGCCGGGACCGUUGCGCUCCUUAGUUUUCGGCACCAUGGGUUUACAAGGCGGCGCUCAAUUAACUUGGAGCGUCGGCGCGCCGCAGUACGCGGCGCUGGGGCCUCUCUGUGGCACGCCGCCUUUACGCACAUUUAGGGCACCUCGCGUGACCGAAGCCGAAGCGCUGGCAAGAAGGGACCAACGACGACGGUCCUUGACAGCUGGUAUCGUCGAUGCGACGCGGAAGACCGCCGUGGCUUCGCUAUUAGUGGAAAGGUUUACGGAAACCGCCUCAGAAAGUCAAGUGGCAGCCGUGCAGCCCAAGCUCAUGGCCUGUAGCUUCUCCGUCGACUGCUUAUUACCUACGGUGUCUUCGACAAUCGUGAAGCUGUGGUGGUCCGAGCUGCAGACGCCGAAAUUGGAAGAGUGCUGCCCCGAGCGAGCUGCAACGCUAAAAACCUGCGGCGCCUACCAGACGCGGACAUUCCGCCCCGAAAGCUCGAAACCGGCCGUCCUAGCGUCCUUCCCGGGCUCGGGCAACACCUGGACGCGGUUACUGUUAGAGCACGCGUCGGGCUACUACACGGGAUCGGUUUACGAUGACGUUGACCUCAUGAGGUUGUUGCCGGCGGAAGGCGUGGAUAGCGGUGCUGUGUUAGUGGUGAAGGCGCACCUGAACCCGGCGAAGUACAUGCCGCAGACCACGGCCGAACGCAUCAUAUUGCUGGUACGACAUCCGUUCGACGCGAUCUGGAGCGAGUACAACCGGCGCAUAGCGGGAGGCCACGCGAACGCCGCGGGCGAGCGCGACGUGACCUCCCCUAGGUUCGCCAUGUUCGCGCGGUGCAUGGGCUGCAAGUGGAUGCGUGCUUUUGGCGGCGUCCUUUCCUUGUCCACCGUCGACUCUACUCUCACACAGGCUACGCGAUGAUGCACGCCGACCUCGCGUCGUCCGGACGGGCCGUGCGCGUUUUGAGAUAUGAGGACCUCGUGAGGAGCACGGAACCUACAUUAAGGGCCAUGCUCCGCUUCCUCGAGAUCGACAACGUCGAUAGUAACAGAAUCGACUGCGCCAAGCAGUUGUCUGAUGACCCGUCCGUCAAGAGAAUCAAAAAAAGAUCGGCGACGGAGCUCAUGGGCAACUACACGCCGGGCCUGGCCUGCGGGUUAUGGCGCCAGAUCUCGGGCAGCGAGCAGGCGAAGCUACUGUUGGCCACGAUGGGCUACCGCGAGCCCCGCGUCUGCGCGGAUCAGUCGUCGCGUAGUGGUACGUCCUUCUUCUGUGAUUUGGAAGAUGUCAGUGCGAUGUCGGAAGGGCGCGGCGACAACUGCGGCGGCAACCUCGUUUCACCCAGACCGAUGGUGCGGUCGUCGCGGACGACGACGUCGUCGUCGUCGCGCUUGCAGUUGAGACCUAGGGUCGUGCACGUGCGCGGGACGCAGUCGAAGCCGCGCGAGACGGCGCUGGACCGGGCGCGGAAACGGGCCGCGGAGCAGCGCGCCGCGCGCAAUGAAAAACCCGCCGCGGGGUCCUGGCUGGCCCAGCAGCAGCGCGCCGAGGCCGUCAGGCGGCGGCGGGAGAUGAGAAAGAAGUGGGGGUCGAAGGGCAAGUAAGUUUUAAUUCGGUGU